AUGUUUAUCGGCAAAGACUCCCGAGAGCAACGAAUCCAACAAGUAAUCCAUCAUUUGUAUCCGAGCCAUCAUGAUAACGUCCUUGAUCCUCAUCAAUGUGGAGAGAAGGAUAUUAUUUCAACUCAUUUCGUAUGCGGAGGUCGUCCUCAUGAUAUGAAAACAACAAGUGAAGCCAUCUUGUUGCACCGAUUCCCGAAAGGGGUGAUUCAAGACGACAAUUUUAAAUUCGUCCAAGACAUGCCACUGGAGCAUGAUGUAUCAUCAAAUAAUCAUGAUUUUAGUGAAAUUAUUCUAGUUCAAUUAAUGUACGUCAGCGUUGAUCCGUAUAUGAGAGCAAGAAUGCAACCAAAAACACCAAAAGGUUAUUUUCCAGCAUUUAAAUUGAACGAGCCCAUGAAUAGUGGUUGUGUAGUGAAAGUUUUGGAAUCCAGAAAGGGAAACAAGUUCAAGAAAGGGGAUUACAUAUUUGGAUACUUUAAAUGGCAAAAAGUCCAGGUUGUAAAAAUCAAAAGCACUGAAUUGAAAGAUUAUGUCAAGCUAGAUCCAUCACUUGGUGUGCCACUUUCUUAUUAUCUUGGUGUGUUGGGAAUGCCUGGAGUCACAAGUUAUUGGGGUCUUUUGGAUAUUUGUCAACCAAAAAAGGGAGAAGUUGUGGUUGUGAGUGCUGCUUCUGGUGCUGUCGGUAGUGUGGUUGGUCAAAUUGCCAAGCUAAAGGGGUGUUUUGUGAUUGGAAUUUCUGGUGGAUCCGAAGAGAGUGCAAAAGAGCUUAAAUCCAUUGGUUUUGAUGAGAUUAUUAAUUACAAACAAUAUCCUCAUACCAUCUCAUUGAAACAAGCCAUCGAAAAAGUAUCGCCCAAUGGAGGCGUUGAUUGUUUCUUUGACAACGUUGGAGGUUAUGUUUUAGAUGCUGUUUCAUUGUGUAUGAACAAGUAUGGAAGAAUUUCUUUAUGUGGAGCAAUCAGUCAAUACAAUGAGGACGGAAUGGAAACAGGUCCAAGAAUGAAUUCACUCUAUGUGGUGAGAGAAUUGACAGUGAAAGGAUUUUUGGUGACGUCUUAUUACGAUAGAUACGAUGAGAGUAUGAGAGAUCUAGCAAAAUGGGUGAAGGAAGGUAAAAUCAAAGCCCUCGAAACCACGGUCAAAGGCUUUGAAAAUAUUCCAAAAGCAUUGAUGAAAAUUUUCUCAGGGGAUAAAAUAGGAAAAAUUGUUGUGGAUUGUAGCUAG